GGGACAGAUGUUAAUGUGUUAAUCAGAAUCAUUGGCACAAAGAGGUCGACCGCUGAAAAGAAGCUGGUGAGCCCAAGAGAUCCUUUUGAGAAAGGAAGGUAGGAUUUAACUAUUACUUAAACAGGAGCCGGAGUCAAAUAUCCAACCUGAAAAAAGUGUAGAAUGUUGCUUGAGAAAUAUACUUUGCUGUCCUCAUUUAGUUUUAAGCUGACUUAUAUCAGUUUUUUUUCUACAACAAUUGAAAUGUGUCGAUAAAAAAGGAAUUAAAAUAAAAAAUAUAUUUAGUUAUGUGGUAAGAAAAGGAUUGAAGGCUUUCGAUCGAGAGAGGAAAUGUUCCCCUUGAACAAACAGAAGAACGUUAUUGACAUAAUGAAGGGUUUUCGUAUAAAUUCUAAGGUAGAUUGAUGAAGAUAUAAUCUACGUCACAGAAUAUUUAUUUCACCCAUACUCUUGGAUUUCCAGAACUGACCAAUUCUCUGUACCGAACGUUGCUGAUAUAGGAGAUAUCACCGCCAUAGCUCUGAAAAGAGAUGAAGACGGUUGGUUCCCAAAGUGGCAGCUUGAUCGCGUAAGUGAAUAG